AAUCAAAAUUCAGUCUUUUCGCUCAGUGCAUGAUUACAAAUCCGGAUACACAAAGGAAAACUCAAGCGUAAGAAAAUCAAGUAUGAACAUUUCUUUCAUCUAUGGAUUUCUACUUGUGUUUGCCGCAACAACAUGCGGCGCUGUCAAGGAAACCGAGAGCCAAAGUAUAGUAAGCGACAAAGGAAAGAAGAUUACAUUGAAUAUUGUUCAUAAAGAAUCGGAAGAGGACAUUGAUGUACUUGAUGACAAAGGAACUCCAAUUAUUAAAGUCGAAAUCAUUGAAGACGAUGGAUAUCAAGUUGACAAGCCAGCCAAUGAAAAUGUUUGUCUUCUGUCCAAGUUGGAAGAGUAUGAGAAUAAAUCGUACUGUUACGACAGAAUGGAGUAUCCGUCUUCCAACACAUCACAAAAAAUACUUGAUCACUGCGACGGUCGAUCUAUAUACGUUCUUGUUCCAAUAAAAUGCCGUGGUGAAGAACUAGAGAAGGAUAAUGAAACAACCCCGGAUGAUAAAGGUUAAACAAUUUGCCCGUGUUGAACGUUAAGUACAUUUCCUUGUUAAUGCCAACAUCAUCCCUCAAUAAUGAAGUUUAAAAUUAUA